AUGAUCUUUUCAAGAAUCUUCAAACCCUUCACUGGGGAGCACAAAUUUCAAAGCCUCAAAUCAGAGGCUGACGAUGACACUGACAUCGAGUCGGAGAACCUCCUGCGGAUCACACAUGGCGCAAGAAAAGAAGGCACCUCAAAGGCCUGGAUCUACUUUACUAUUGCAAACGUAGUCAUCCUUAUUAUCACGGCUUCCUUGAUCCUCAGUAUAGGUACCUUUCGGACAAGUGAGAAAAAUGCGGUCCUCAGGCCGAUAGCAUGGUGGUCGCCCAUCCUCGACGAGAUAGAAAUUCCAAGAUUCGAGACAAAGUUAAACGGGACACUCUUCGCUAAGCCCGAGGUCUCAAUAGCCCGAGAAGAGCCCGGCGCGGAGAACGACGCAGCCUGGGGGCAGUAUGAAAAGGUCCUGACUCACGUCGUCACCCGCGAGCAAAUCCUCAAACUGGGUAAAGAUCCGGAGACCGUGGCUCGCUUCGCCAACGAUUACUGGGGAAUGGGCGAUGAUGCCUACAUGGUACAGAUGGAUGUGAUGCAUCAAAUCCAUUGCCUUAACCUGCUCCGCAAAGCAGCUUUUGCCGAUUACCCCGGCUACGAGCCGGAGUUAGACGAGAAGGACAAAAUGUGGUGGAUACACCUCGGUCACUGCACCGACAUCCUGCUACAAAAUAUCCAAUGCAAUGCCAAUACAGAGUUCCUGACAUUGAACUGGGUGGAAGACCGCAAGGCUCCGUGGCCGGACUUUAGUGUGAAUCGCAAAUGUCGCGAUUUCAAUGCGCUGCUCGACUGGCAACGCAGCAAUGCUGUUGAUCCGGACAAAUUUGACCAAAUGCUAGUUCCAAAAGACGCCUUUGUUUGGCCUGCGCCUUGGAAAAAGCAAGAGACGGAGUUGGGUGAGAAGCUAGGUCAGCAUCAUAUGCAGGAAGGUCUGGGCGAUAUGCAUGCGCAUCACGGCGCAGGGCAUUAG